UGAGAAAGUGAUAGAGAAUACAGCGGAAAUUCUCCAUAAGGAAGGCUACUCGAAAGUUGGCUAUAAUUACAUUAUAAUAGACGAGAGUUGGUCAGCACCUGUAAGAAACAAGGAUGGAGAUAUAGAACCCGACCAUAGACGGUUUUCUAAAGGAAUUCAUAAUCUUGCCAAAAAUCUUCACAAACUUGGCCUAAAACUGGGAAUUUCGGGUGACAUUGGCAGUGAGACAUGUAGCGGCCACCCUGGUUCGUGGGCCAACUUUGAUCGCGAUGCCAAAACUUUUGCUGGAUGGGAAAUCGAUUUUUUAAAAGUGAACGGAUGUUUUGCCAACGAGUCUAUGCUCAAUGAAGGAUACAAGAACUUUGGAAAAGCAUUGAUGAAUACCAAAAGACCUAUUAUAUACUCGAUCGAUUGGCCACUACAUGACCGCAAUGUUAAUUUCACCGAGGUUGUAAAAGUCAGCAAUUUAUGGCGAGUUUACCAUAACGUUCAUGAUACGUUUGAAUCUAUCAUGAGUGUGGUAGACUAUGUCGGAGCAAAUCCAAAUAUUUUCAGGAAGUACUCCGGACCUGGAUCUUGGGCUGAUUUGGAUGUUCUAGCCAUUGGCAACUCGCAUCUCAGCCUAGAUCAGAGCAAAUUGCAAAUGGCGAUGUGGAGCAUUUUCCCAGCUCCACUUGUGUUGGUCAACAACUUGAAGAACAUCAGGAAAGAAUUCAAAGAUAUUCUUGUCAAUAGUGAUGUUAUAGCUGUCAACCAAGACACGCUUGGUCUGCCUGGCAAGAGAAUCCAUGUUGAGGACCAUAUAGAAGUGUGGAUUCGACAAAUCGGUCCCAUCGAAAAGAGAGGAAACGAUGAAAGCUAUUCUUAUGCACUGGUGAUACUCAACAGGCAGCUGUAUGGUGAACCUAUUCAACACAAAUUUACACCAGAAGAAUAUGGCAUGAAACACAAAUCAGGAUAUCAAAUGAAGGAACUGUUCCACAAAUUUAUGAAUGAAAAGCAUGUGAUGCCCAACACGCCAAUAAGUUUCAGUGUAGACGCGUCAAGUGUCGUCUAUCUCAGAUUUGAGCUCAAAACUGGCCAAUCAGUGGAUUCCGACAAAAAUAACUUCUCAGGGUUGCUUUAGACAGUACACCGGAUAGUUGGCAAAAGCUAAAUCUAUUAACAAGGUUAUCAUUAUAAAAUAUAUUUUAUUAUAAAUAAAAAUUAGAAAUCCAAGUACUGACAUGUGGUGAUUGAACAAUUUUAACCUUCUGGUAGUCGCGCCCUACUCAAUCACAGGAGCAGUCGCGUGUUGUAUUUUUUACAACAUCCAAUUUUCCAAGUGUUAUGUACUCUGUUUACUGUGAAAGCAUAUUAAUUAAUUGUAUAAUUACUUUUUCCAUCUUCUUGGAUUAUUUUACGCCUAUAUGAAGAUUUGGAUGAUUACCAUUUCGUAGCCCAAUAAGGUACACCAAGCAAAGCCAUCAAUUAUGUGUUAUUGGCUCGUUUACAGUCCCCGUAAACAGUCUUUUCCUAUCUUAUGCACUAAAUGGCACCCAAAUACUGAACCAUUUCUCGGUUGAUACUGCAACUCAGUGGAGUGAUGGGGGGAAAGUUUUGAAAUGCAUCGGUGACUCAUUCACUGACACCACCCCAUUCAAUAGUUUUGUGCAACAAAAAAAACAGACUCUGUUGUACUUUGUACAACAGCGCGACUGCCGGAAGGUUAAAAGGGUACUUAGAUUUAUAAUUUUUAUUUAUAUUUAAGAGUUGCUCUAAAGAAAAUAAGACAAUAUAUAUUCUAUUGUUUGCUUGAUUCAUUGUUUGUGUAUGCCUAUAUUAUUAUAUUCUAACUAUAAGUCAUACAUGGCAUAAUAUAUAGGUAGUGAGGUCCACGUUAUAACGACAGUGGGGAAAUAUAGGAGAGCAGCGUGGCCGAUUCUCUGCCUUACCACUGCCUUCUAUAGAAUAUAGCUGAUACUGGUGUAUCUGAUGGAAUAUUAACUUAUUCUUGUUGAAAAUGAUCAAUUAUAUUUUAAUCUACCAGAAAAUUUUAUUUUAAAUGUUUAGAUACCUAAUAAAUUUCACAUGAUAAUUGAGAUUAAAUAUUUUGUUGAUUAAUUUGUCUAUAUUGCUACAUUGUUGCCACUGCCUCCUAUAGAGUAUAGCUGAUACCGUUAUAUCUGAUGUAAGAUCAAGUGUUCAUCCUUGUUUGAAAUGAUCAAUUAAAUUCUAUUCGCCAAGAAAAUAUAUUUCUCAAUGAUUAAAAAACUAGUAGUUCUGUGAACAGUAGACCUCGUGCAGUUAUAAACCACAGUCUCCUCUAAUACUGUCCAUCAAAGUAAAUUCUGUCCUGUCCUGUUGUGUCGGCGAGAUAUCGGUGUAUGAACGACUAAUGGCUGUUUGGGUUGUUGUAUCGACAAUGCUAAUAAUUCGAUGUGAACAGCUAUGCUACUAUCAUCAAAAGCUUACCGAGUUGAAAGUAGAGAAAGUCGGGAGAAAAUACUAAGCUACUUUAAGUUAUCAAUUGCAUGCCUCACUGCAUGCAAUUAAUAGUCCACACAACAGAUUUUUUUCACCAAGUUACAUUGAGAUAUUGAAUUGCAUGCAAUUUAUAAUCCACUCGACAGCUGAUCUAUGAUGAAUAAUAUUCUAUAGUCUGAUUUUUACUCUAAUAUUGGCGUAUGGAGGCGGCUCUUUUCCCUUUUAUAUUAUCCUUGAAAUGCAAAAUUUCCAAAAACCUUGUAUGUACGUCAACGCGCAAUUUGAAAAGGAACAUGCCUGUCAAAUUUCAUGAGAAUCUAUUGCUGCGUUUUGCCGUGCGGAACUUAUAAACAUAAAGAGGAAUGCAAAACCGUCGACUUGAAUCUUAGACCUCACUUCGCUCGGUCAAUAAUUUAUGUCCAUAAUGGAGAUCCAAUAUUUUGUUGAUCAAUUGUAUUUAUAGAUUGUUGAAAAACUAUGUGGCAACGGUGCAGAGGUAGAAGAGGAUAGCACUAUCUGCUUUGUUGCAUGAUAUAGACAAGGAUGGCAACACCAAUGUUAGUUAAUCAAGUACUGCCAUUAUAACGUGGACCUCACUAAAUUAGACAAUUUCUAUGCAAAUUUUAUAAAGGAACAGUUUUUUGCUUUAAGCCUGUUGUUCCUUUUCCAAUCAUUUAUAAUGAGUUGAGAAUAAUAUUGUGAAAAUCAAUGUAUAAAAUCAAUAAAUAAAUACCUAAUUAUUAUUAAACGAAAAUCCCAAUUAAAUGAUGUAAAUCACCCCGAAGACUUGUGCAAUCUGCUACGGUACUGCAAAUAUUGACAACGGGGUGAACAGCUAGAUGGAAAUUCGAUGAGCGCUACUAUACAAAAAUUAUUUGUCAGCCCGGGAAACGAACCGAGUACCUCCUAAUUGCCGGUCAGGAAUGUUUACCCUUACACCAAACUGACAAUCUCUGGAUAGCAGCGCUCAUUUUAUUCAAAGCCAUAGCGGCCAUCCAGUCUACAGGUGGAAAUUACUGAAGUUUUAAACAAUUUCCGCCGGGCUGGCUAAAACAUUCUACCAUGUACAUCUUAUUAACUCUACUACCUCCAUCAGUAGUUAUCAAAAGUUUUAUUCAAUAUAUGUUAGACAUUUUAUUGUUUGCUUCGUUCAUUUUCAUCUUAUGUUAGCUUAUUUACAAAAAAAAAAUAUAUUUGAUCUUAUUAUAUCAUUAUAAUCAUCAUGUUGUAUUAAUUUAGAAUCUUUAGUUUUUGGUUGUUUUGUGUUUUCUAAAUAAAAUUUGGAAAUGUAUAAUUUAUUUUGAUUCAUAGAUUGGUCUAAUAGAUUUUUGAAGUGAACAACAAGAAAACUUGACCUAUUUCGGACUAUGUGUAACCAUAUCUAAAUUUGGAAGAUGAAUAGCACAAGGUUACCUUAUUUUUUCUCUCCCUAUCAUUUUAAUGAUGUACUUAUAUUGUAUCAAUCAAUCAAUAAAUAAUGGAAAUAAAUUGGAAGCUGCAUUUGCUCAAAUGCCAAUCAAAUGAAUAAUUAUUAUUAAACGAAAAUUCCAAUUAAAUGCUGUAAAAUGCUAAAUGAAGCAGACAUAGUAGGUGAGAUUAAAAGCAGAAGGUUGCGGUGGACGGGACACAUUCUGAGGAAAGAGGAAAGCGCUCUGACAAACAGUGUACUGAGGAAUAAUCCUAUAGGAAGGAGACCAGCUGGAAGGCCACAAACUAGAUGAUUGGACCAGGUCCGGAAAGAUAUGAGGAGGAUGGGCCUAAAAGAGGAGGACGCGGGUGACCGAAACUUUUGGAGAGGCGUAGUUGAUGAGGCCAAAUACCGACUGGGGUACGAGUGGCCACCGCAGUCAGUAAGUAAAAUGCUAAAUGGAAAACCAUCUAGCUGUUUACCCUGUUGUCAAUAUUUGCAGUAGCAGAAGUCUUCGGGUUGAUUCACAGCAUUUAAUUGGGAUUUUCGUUUAAUAAUAAUUAUUUAUUAAUUAGCAUUUGAACAAAUGCAACUUCCAAUUUAUUUCCAUCUGUAAUAAAUAAAUAUAGUGCAUGAGCGCCUCAAUAUAAAUUACACAAUAUAAUUUAUUUAUUAUAUCAAUAUAAUAAAUAAAUAAAUAUAAAUUUAUUAAAUUUCAAAGAUUAACUUUCAAUUUACUUAUGGAAAUUACUGAGAUAUUGUCAAUAUUUGCAUCAGUAGCAGAAGUCUUCGGGGUGAUAUACAGCAUUUAUUUGGGAAUUUUCGUUUAAUAAUUAAUUAUUAUUAAUUUUCAAUUUUGUUGACUUGAAAAGGGAAAAGGAUACAAUAAAGUGCACAAUGGCAAUAUAAAUGAUUGUUGUAUAUUAUUAAUUGUAAUAAAACUUUGGGAAAAUACAAUCAUAUAAAU